AUGUUUGGAGUUAAGCCACUGGCUUUGGCCGAUUGGUUCCUACUAACAUUUCUUGCAGUGCUUCCCGCACUAGCCACCUCCGGCGUCCAAGGUGAUGGUAACCUCACUCUCCGAUGUCAUCCAGACCAGGCUGCAAUCCUCCUCCAACUAAAGCGAUCCUUCUCAUUCUUCCGUUACCCCAGCCCCCUUGAGUCAUGGCAGGAUGGCACUGACUGCUGCUUUUGGGAAGGUGUUAGCUGCAGCGACUCCUCGGGCCAUGUCAGUGCUUUGGAACUCAGUGGGUAUGGCUUGUACAGCGAGGGCCUUGACCCUGCAAUCUUCAACCUCACCUCGCUCCAACUACUUGACCUUAGCUUGAAUAAUUUUGGCCCGUACAGUCUCCCGGCAAGUGGAUUUGAGAGGCUCUCCUUGCUCACCCACCUGAACCUCUCAAAUUCAGUCUUUCGUGGUCAGAAACCUGCUGGCAUCGGCAAACUUGCCAACCUUAUCUCCUUGGAUAUUUCCACUACCUAUGAUGACGCUCCUGAUGAUUCUGUUUAUCGCUUUGAUACCAGCUUCUUUGAUGUUGUUUCACCCUGGCUGCAGGGUCCCAACUUCCAGAACCUUGUUGGCAACCUCAGCAAUCUCAGAGAACUCUACCUUGAUUUCGUGGAUAUGUCUAGCAGCAGAGAUUGGUGCCAUACUCUUGCUAAAUUUCUUCCUGAUCUUCGAGUCCUUAGUUUGAGGCACUGUAAUCUCGUUAGUCCUAUUUGUAUGUCCCUCUCAACCCUCCACUCCCUAACUGUGAUCAACCUCGAAGGCAACUUCCGUAUAUCUGCUGCUCCCUUUCCAGAGUUUUUCAUGGAUUUUCUCAAUUUAAGUGUGCUCAACCUUGCUGGAACAAAUAUCCAAGGGCUGUUCCCUCGUAAGACCUUCAAAUCAAAAUCUCUACGCGUUCUUGAUUUAUCUGGGAAUUGGGGUCUCUUAGGACAUAUGCCCAACUUCGCCAACACAAGCUCUUUAGAGGCAAUGAUGCUAGAUGGGACCAGUUUCUAUUUUGUAAAACCGAGCUCUUUUAGCAGUUUCAAGUAUUUGAAAGUGUUAAGCCUUGAUGUGAAUUUUGUUCAUGUGGAGCCUCAACCUUCACUCGGUAUUAUCAAGUCUAUUCAGCAUUUGGAACUCUCUCAGAUGGACUCUACAAGAAAUUUAGGGCCCAUUUUUUCAUGGAUUGAAGACCUGCAAAAUUUACGAAGCUUAAAACUCCACGGGGUUAACUUCGCAGAAACAUCUUGGUCUUCAGUUGCCAAACUCAAGAGCUUGAGAAGCCUGGCAAUCUCUGAGUGCAGCUUCACUAGGCCACUGCUAUCAACUUUAGGUAAUCUAGUAAAUUUGAGAAGCUUGGAGAUUUUCAAUUGCAUAUUUGGCGGUCCAAUACCAUCUGCAAUUGGCAACCUCACAAACUUGAGAAGUUUGAAAAUCAAUGGAUGCAACUUUUUGGGGUCGAUACCAUCUUCAAUUGGCAAUCUGAUGAGCCUGAGGAACUUGGAAAUAAAUUGUAUUACCGAAUAUCUUGAUAUCCUUGUUGGCUCUUUUGGGCCAAUACCAGCUACAGUUGGCAAUCUUAGUAAUUUGGAGAGUUUGGAUAUCAAUUACUGCGGGUUUUCUGGGCCAAUACCAGAUGAAGUUGGAUUACUCAAGAAGUUGACCGUUCUUCGAAUUGGACAGUGUAGCCUCUCUGGACGCAUACCAAAUUCAAUGGUUAACCUAACUCGCCUGAUUGAUCUAGAUCUUUCAUCUAAUCUUUUCAGCGGGGACCUUCCAACGUCUCUUUUUACUAUUCCACCAUUGCAACGCCUAGAUAUCCACUCCAACCAGCUCUCUGGUUCUUUACAAGACUUCAACGUAACUUCUUCACACAUGGUGUAUGUGGACUUAAGCAUAAAUCAGUUGACAGGAAAUAUUCCAGAGUCAUUCUUUCAACUCAAAAGUUUGGCAUAUGUCGAUAUUGGCUGGAAUAAGUUGGUAGGGGUGGUGGAUCUUUCCUCAUUUUGGAGGUUGGCAAGUGUCAUUUAUUUGUGUCUUUCCCACAACGAUUUAUCUGUCACGGACAUGGAUGGAGAAGGUAACAGCUCUCUGUCUACCUAUCUCCCUCAAGUUACCAACUUAGGAUUAGCAAGUUGCAAUUUAACGAGAUUUCCAAGUUCAUUGGUGCAUCUUAACCAAAUGUCGUCGUUGGACCUGUCAUGUAAUAGAAUCAGUGGAGCUAUUCCAAAGUGGAUAUGGGCGACAUGGAACCGUAGCCUUACAUACUUGAAUCUUUCACACAACAUGCUCAGCACUAUGCAACUUAAUUCAUAUGUUCUCCCUUUCAAUCGGUUGCAUACUCUUGAUCUCAGUUCCAAUCAGCUUCAGGGGCAGAUUCCAAUGCCAAGCCCACCAGCAGUUUACUUGGAUUACUCAAACAACACUUUCUCUUCAGUGCUUCCAAACUUCACCCUGUAUCUUGGCUACGAGUUCAGAAUUUCUAGAAACAACAUUAGUGGACAUAUACCUGACUCAAUUUGUGGUUCAGUUAUCAGUAUCCUUGACCUAUCUUUUAACAACUUCAGUGGGCGGAUACCUUCGUGUCUGAUAGAAGAUGGUCACGCAAGCGUGUUGAGUUUGCGGGAUAAUCAAUUUGAAGGUGUGCUACCUAACAAUAUCAAAGAUCAAUGUAAUCUCCACACAUUAGACUUGAACAACAAUAAGAUCAAAGGGAAGCUUUCAAUGACACUUACCAAGUGCUUGCAGCUUGGGUUCCUUGACAUAGGAAAUAAUCGCAUGGUAGGUACUUUCCCGUCAUGGUUGGGGAAGCUUCCCAUGCUUCGUGUCCUUGUCUUGAGAUCCAACCGAUUCUAUGGCUCCAUGGGUGGUUAUCUUGACAGAGAUGACAAAUCUGGAGAAUACUUCUCUAGCUUGCAGAUUCUUGAUCUUGCCUCGAACAAUUUCUUUGGUAAUUUGAGUUCACAUUUGUUUGAGGGUUUGGAAUCAAUGAUGACAAAGAUGAACACUACAGGUCUUAUUGUGACUUAUGAAGGUGGAUUUCAUGGCCAUCCAUAUCAAGAUACUGUCACAAUAGCGUAUAAAAGCAUCUAUAGGACAUUUGAUAAGAUCUUGACCACUUUAACAGCAAUUGACCUGUCGAAUAAUUCAUUUGAUGGUGCCAUUCCUGAAUCACUUGGUAGACUUGUUUCCCUUCAUGUAUUGAACUUGUCAAGCAACGCCUUCACAGGUCAUAUUCCACAUGAACUUGGCAGGAUGACUCAGCUAGAAUCACUAGACCUGUCUAGGAACCAGCUUUCUGGUGACAUACCGGAGGAGUUAACAAAUCUCAACUUUCUUGGUAUCUUGAACUUGUGCAACAAUCAGUUGGUGGGAAAGAUACCUCGGUCAGGUCAAUUUUCAACAUUCCAAAACAGUUCAUUUGAAGGCAAUCUCGGGCUGUGUGGACCGCCAUUAUCCAACCCAUGCAGCUUUUCCCCUGCUCCUCCAAGUGUAGCACAUGUGGAGAAGUCAUCUAAUGUGGAUGUCAUGUUGUUUCUCUUCAUCGGGUUGGGCUUCGGCACCGGAUUCGCAGUGGCCAUUCUGCUGAGAUGUGGUCGGACCGACAAAUGUUUGGUUAAAUCCACAAGAGGUUUGCGGACCUGAUCUGAAUGCUGGAGAAUGUUUCGAAGUAUUGUAUGCAUGUGGGUUAAUAAUUAGCAUCCGUGUACGAUGUAUGCAGUGCUUUAAUGUACCAAGACAACCAAGACAACUACGCCUUACUUGUAUAUGUAUUGUAUGCUGUGAGAUUGUAGGGCGUACAUGUGCUAGCUUCUUGUGCCAAGGAUUGGCCUACGAUAUUGUCUAGUAUUUGUUUGGGUGGUGUGAUUUUGUAGUUCGUGUUUCAGGGUCAAGUCUAUCUGCUAGCCUUUAUAUUACUAAAGAUUCUUGGUUCAUUGUGAAAAAAGAGAUACUACGAUA